GGGAGGGUCGUCAUGAGCGAAGGCGGCGAAUAGGUGGAACGACAAUUCGUCUGAGCGUCUCCACGGGGGAGGUGUGAUGAAGCUAUCGCCCUCCAGGAAACGGGACGGGUGUGGCUGGCUCGGUCGACUUCCGUCCUAGCCCUGGCCGAGUCAACCGGGCCACGCACAACGGAGCGUAGUCGGCAUUGACGACACAGGAAGGCCCGCCGUCGCCCGUACGAAUACUUCGUAGCUUUGGUUCACCUUACGCUGCGGCUGGGUUACUCCGUCCUACUCCAUGGUACACUCGAUACCUUGUCGAGCCCUCUCCAAGACUCCCCAGGCCCGCCAGGGCCAUCUCCCCUCUCCUUCUUUUCUCCAUCUUUUGCUCGCAGCCCCUCCACAUUGCUGACCCUUACCUCAACGGAGAGGCAAGCUCGUUUGGAGUUUGGAUUAUGAAUCUGCCUUUGCGGUCAGAAUCCCGCGGGGUCUCCGCAGACCUUUCCCCACAAGGGACAGUCACAUUGAGAUGAACGCGGUCCGCUAGAUGAAAUUCCUUAAGAACGAGGUCGCCUCGCCUCUCUGUCGUGUGCCCUUAGUCUGGCUUCUCUAUCCCAUCCCCCGUCGACUGUCUGUUCUCAUUCCUACCGUGCGGACAUACUCUCAGGCUGAACCUUCACCCGUCACCUGAAGAAUUCGGAUCACAGCCGUGCGUGCGCCCACAAAGAUCAGUCCAGAUAAUGGGUGCAAACUACUUCGGCCAAACGGGCAAUGCCCUGAGCGUUAUCCAGAUCGCUCUCGUCGUCUGCCCGGCCUUUAUCCUCUUCGGAUACAACCAGGCUGGCCUUGGUGGCCUCCUCACUACUGAGGACUGGGUCAAGACCUUCCCUCAGAUCGAUACCGUCAACACCACCGGCGAGACCAAGAACGCCAACUCAACUCUCCAGGGUUUCGUCGUUGCUACUUUUACUAUUGGUGCCCUCUUUGGCUCUCUCUCAUGCUCCUGGUCUGGUAACGCUUUCGGACGACGCAAUGUCAUCUUCUUCGCCGGUGUCUGCACUCUCAUCGGAGAGAUCCUCGAGUGUGCUUCCUUCCACCUGGCACAGCUUAUCGUCGGUCGCCUCAUCGUUGGUCUUGGAGUUGGUCAGCUCAGUUCUAUUGUGCCCGUGUGGCAGAGUGAGACUUCCGGCGCCAAGAACCGUGGUCGCCAGGUCGUCCUGACUGGUCUCUUCACCUGCGUCGGUUACGUCUUGGAGAGCUGGAUUAACCUUGGUUUCUGGGAGUUCAAGACUGGCCCCGUCACAUGGCGUCCUCCUAUCGCGAUUGCCAUUCUCUUCUCCUUGAUGCUGAUGGGCAGCAUCUACUUCCUUCCCGAGUCGCCCAGAUGGCUCGUCAUGAAGGCUCGCUCCGCCGAGGCCCGUUCCAUCAUCGCCGCUUUCCGCGGCCUGCCUGAGGACUCCCUUGAAGUCCAGGCCGAGGUUGCUGGUAUUGAGCACUCUCUCGAGGAGACUACGCAGAACGCCGCUAAGCUCUCCGACAUGCUCAAGAUGGGCGAUGACAAGCUCGCCUACCGAUUCGGACUCUGCAUCCUGCUCCAGUUCUACCAGCAGAUGUCGGGAAGCAACCUCGUUUCCGUCUACGCUCCCAUCCUGUUCCAGCAGAACUUGGGCAUGGAGCCCGAGCAGUCCAAGGCCCUCGCUGGAGGUGCCCUGACCUGGAAGUUCCUCUCGUCAUUCCUGGCCUUCUUCGCCAUUGAUCGGUUUGGUCGCCGUGCCGUCUUCAUCUUCAGCGGUUUCGGAAUGGCUGCCUGCAUGACCUGCUUGGCCAUCACCACAUCCUUCCCCAAGGACAACACCGCUGCCCAGAUCGCCGCUGGUUGCUUCAUCUACCUGUUCAACACCUUCGUGCCUAUCGGCUUCUUGGGUGCCAACUUCCUGUACUGCACAGAGAUUGCGCCCAUCCGUCUCCGCAUGGCCAUGUCUUCCAUCUCUACUGCCAACCACUGGCUCUGGAACUUCAUUGUCGUCAUGGUCACACCCGUUGCCCUCAACACGAUCGGCUAUCAAUACUACAUUGUCUACGCCGUCAUCUCGGCCUGCAUUCCCAUCAGCGUCUACUUUCUCUUCCCCGAGACUAUGGGCCGCAACUUGGAGGAGAUCGAAAUGCUCUUUAAGGACUCUCCUUCCGUGUUUGCCACGGUCAAGUUCGCCAAGAACCGACCUAUCGCUAUGCCCCAGGAGUUCGAGAGCGAUAAGCCGUCACAAAAGGCCGACUACGUUGAGAAGCAGACCGAUGACUCUGCGUAAUGUGAAGUCGAAGCAUUUUACGGCCGGGAAUUUGCAGGAUGGACACUACAGGAACAGUUCAGCAUUAGCAAGCGGAAGUCUUUUUUUUAGCGAAAUGAAUCAAUCGUCAUGAUCUUGGUAUCUGCGAAUACCACACCCAACUACUGUUCAUCUUUCCAUGAUUAUACGUGAAUAUGCCUCAGCCUCAAAGGCGAUCUUAACAGUUCAUUGAAACGCCCACUACAUGAU